AUGUGCACGAAGGCGCUCGGUGUGCCACUCUUUCCGCUUGAGGCAAGUCUUGCUACCUCCCCUGCCCCUUGCCUCGUCGUUUCAUCUCUUAUUCUCUUUUUCCUUCAUUCAUGUUUUAUAAAAUUUCUCUUUAUCUUUAUUCCUGAACCCGGUUCGGCAACGCACUCCCUGCCGGUCUCCCUUUUUCUUCAUAUUCCUCGUCUCAUUUGCCCACUCGGGGCACUCGUAUCUCAUCCUCACCUCUCGUACUCGUCGUCUCUCGCCUCUCAGCCUCGUUUCGACUCGCCGCCUCAACCCGCAGUCACCUUGUCUUUCGAAUUCGCCGUCAUCGUCAUCCCAUUCCCACGCUUAGCGCCCUCGUUCGUAGUCCGUCUUCGAGUCGUACGAGCCCCCUGGUUAGAGCCGCACAGCCGUGGAACUCGUCCUCACACCUCAGAGCCGCUCGUUACGGUGUUUGGGCACAUCAACACAAUGGCACCACACGCUCUGGGAGGAGGCAUCUGGACCGCCAUGGAGGCUGCGGUGGUCGUGUCUGGGGUGAUGACCAUGGGGGCUGCGGUGGGCAUGACCGGCAUUUUCAUCUCUGGGAUAGGGGCCGCGGCGGGCGUGACUGGGGUGGUUACAGGACAGGGUUUGGAGGAUGGACUCGAUGCGAGUGGGUUGGGCAUGACAGGAGGAGGAGGUGCCUGCGCCAUGCAGGAGGCCGCACUUGCUGUGACUGUCACGACUAUCAGGGCGGCGGGUGCAGGAGUGACUGGAGCCUCCUGGCUCACGGUGUUUGGGUCUUCUGAUGAAGUGGAGCGAAAGGUUUCACAAACACCAGCAGCUGUGUUGAUUGCCUCAGAUUAG